AUGAAGUGGUUGAUAUUUAUAUAUGCAAUAGUAAUAUUGACUAUUGGUGCGCAUGCUAAAUCACCAAGUGGCGGGUAUGCACCUGGCCAUGUCAAAUGCCCGAGUAAGAAAAACUUAUUAAGAGAAGCCAAAUCGAUAUCUAGUGAUGAAAACAAAUGGCUCAAAGAAAGACAAAAGAAGACGAAUCAAGCAUUAAUAAAUUAUUUAGAUAAUGCGAAUUUAACCGAUUUUGAUGCUAAAGAAUUUUUCGAAAAGAAUACGUCGCUGAGUGUUAACAUUGGUUUGGCAUUUUCAGGUGGAGGAUACAGGGCAAUGUUAGUUGGUGCUGGUCAGUUGGCUGCAUUAGAUAACAGGACGGAAAAUGCGGACUCGGAAGGCCUUGGUGGAAUACUACAAAGUUCUUCAUAUAUUAGUGCCUUGUCAGGAGGUGCUUGGCUAGUAGGCUCAUUAGCGAUGCAAGAGUGGCCUUCGGUCCAAGAUGUCGUAAUGCAUAACCCAAAUGAUCUUUGGAAUUUGACUAUCACUAGACAACUUGUUAAUCAAACUAGUAUAUUCGGACUUGGUAUACCCUUAUUAACUGCAAAUUUGAGUGAGGCAUUGACUCAUUUAAACCAUUGGCAAGAUGCAGAUGGUAAAGGAAUUGGAUAUGAUUUAAAAUCAAAAAAUGAAGCAGGAUUCAACACCACAUUGACAGAUGCUUGGGCGAGAGCACUAGCCUAUCAGUUAUCUACUGAAGGUAAAGAUGAAUAUGGGUCAUCUGCAACCUUUUCUGAUAUUAGGAAUAAGAAGAGCUUUGCAAACCAUGAAAUGCCAUUCCCUAUUUUGAAUGCUCUUGCAAGACAACCAGAUUCUAUUGUAUAUGAUGAAAAUUCUACUAUCAUUGAAUUUAAUCCAUACGAAAUGGGAUCUUUUGAUUCAUCUGUAAAUUCAUUUAUUGACAUCAAGUAUCUUGGUACUAACGUCAGAAAUGGAGUUCCGGUAAAUGGUACAUGUGUUGAAGGCUUCGAUAAUGCAGGUUAUAUUAUUGGUACUUCAUCCUCAUUAUUCAAUCAAUUCUUAAAUACCUUAGCCUGUGAUGACUGUACGACUUUAAAUUUUCUUUUGAAACCAAUAGUCAAAAGAGUAUUGACUAAGUUAUCUAGGUCCUACGAAGACGUUGCACUUUACAAACCAAACCCAUUCCGUAAUUCUGAAUACGCAACUCCAGGGAAGCUUGUGAAAAAUGAAUCUCUCUACCUCAUUGAUGGUGGGUUGGGUGGACAAACUAUCCCAUUAGCAACCAUGAUGACAAAAGAAAGAGCUAUGGACACGGUAUUUGCAUUUGAUAACGAUGCAUGGUCAAAUGGAUCAUCCUUGGUGGCAACAUAUGCAAGACAAUUUUCAGAGCACGGUAAGUCUCAGAUUUGUCCUUAUGUUCCUGACGAGCAAAACUUUUUAUAUCAAAAUUUAACAGCCAGACCAACAUUCUUCGGUUGUGAUGCUUCCAACUUGACGGAUUUGGUAAAGGAUGGCGUAGUGCCUCCAGUAGUCAUCUACAUAGCUAACAGACCUUUUGAGUACAUGACGAACACUUCAACAUUUAAAAUGACAUACACUGAUAAAGAAAAGAAAGCUAUGAUCCAGAAUGGAUUUGAUACUGCAACCAGGGCCAAUAUGACCCUUGAUGAAGAAUGGGCAGCAUGUGUCGGAUGCGCAGUUAUCAGACGUGAACAAGAAAGAAGAGGUAUAGAACAAUCCGACCAAUGUAAAAAGUGCUUUAAAAACUACUGUUGGAAUGGAGACAGAGUAAUUUUUGAUCGCACAUACUACACUCCUUUCAACUUUACCAUGACCGGAAAAACAAAUAAAAGUAUGGAUGUGGACACACUCCGUGAUCCUUAUUUAUUGACCGGUGUAUCCUCUCUUUUAAAGAAAAGAGAUAUAAAUGAAGUCUCCAUGCAUCUUUCGACAGAGGAUGACGACGAUUAUACUGAAAAAAUUGUGCCUAUAAUAAACCCUUGA